UUCAUGUCAAUCCAGAGUCAAUUUUGGAGUAAAUUUCAGAAAAAGAAAGUUCCAACCUUGAUUUUUUGACAAAUUGCAGAAACUCGGAGUCUUGUCUUGAAGCUCUCUCCCUAUAUACAGAUUCACGCGCAGCAAUUCCCUCACUUCUCUUCUAUGUGGGUCAUACUCUUGAGGCCUUAAUGGAGAGGUUGAAUGCGAUUCCACUCAGAGAACCGCCUUGCGGUGGCGAGGAGGAUGAUCGGAGGCUGCUGCAUAUCGAUGGUGGUGAGCUUGACGGUGGAUUGGAUGGAGGAGAGGAGGAGGAGGGCGUUAUGAAUGGAGUGGAAGAAGUACCGCAAAUGAGUUCGAUGGAUUUUAAGAGUAGUAAUGGCUGUAUGGCUCAGUCCGCCAGGACUAGUGAGCUUACCAUAGCUUUUGAAGGCGAAGUCUAUGUUUUCCCUGCGGUUACGCCUCAAAAAGUGCAAGCAGUGUUAUUACUUCUAGGAGGGACAGAUACACCUGCUAGUGUUCCAAGUUCUGAAUUUUUGCUGCAACAGAAUGCUGGAGUAUAUAAUAAUGUAGGUGAUGCUUCUCGAGGAUCAAAACUCUCUCGAAGAAUUGCCUCUCUGGUAAGGUUCCGUGAAAAGCGUAAAGAGAGAUGUUUUGAAAAGAAAAUUCGGUACACUUGCCGGAAAGAAGUUGCCCAGAGAAUGCACCGUAAAAAUGGACAAUUUGCAUCACUGAAGGACUGUUACAGCACAGAUGCUGGCAGCAACUGGGAACCAAAUAGUGGCACUCCCCAUUCUGAAUCUGCUUCACGUAGAUGUCAACACUGUGGAAUUAGUGAAAAGGACACUCCAGCAAUGCGUCGGGGCCCAGCUGGUCCAAGAACUCUCUGCAAUGCUUGUGGCCUCAUGUGGGCAAAUAAGGGCACUUUAAGGGAUCUUACCAAAGGGGGGAGGCAUAUUUCUUUUGAUCAAAAUGAACUGGGAACUCCUGAUUUGAAACCUUCAACCAUGAAACAAGAAAACCCUUAUGCUAACCAGGAUGAAGAGGGAAGCCCAGAAGAAAGUAAGCCAGUGCCUUUAGAUUCUGAGAAUUCUUUGAGACCAAAUGAUCAGGAGUUGCUGGAAGCUGAUGAAACUCUCACUGAUCCUUUGCCUAUGCGUGUGGAAAAUUCACCUGUCAACCUAGAUGACGAGGACUUCCAGGACACAUUGGAUGAGCUUGGGAACGUAUCAAGUUCAGAAUUUGAGAUCCCUGGGAAUUUUGAUGAUCAGGUAGUGGUAUUUUAGCAAAUUGACAUGAAGCAUAUUGGAGACUAACCAUAUCCUUGAGGUAGGUUAAAGUGGUGUAAAUGUUAGUUACUUGUCCAAGUUCAUGAUACCAACUUACAGGUUGAGCUUGAUGAUUCUAAUACGAGUGAGUGGCCAGGAACUUGAGAUAAUGCUGUGCACCUGUGACCUUAAUCCUUUAUGUAUGUGUCCAGUUUCUUGCCAUGGAUCAACAUAUGCAGUUUAUACUAACUAAUAUUAGAAAUCCAGAGAUUGCACUUGUUUAUAA